AUGGAGCUGAAGGUCUGGGUGGAUGGAAUCCAGAGGGUUGUCUGCGGCGUCUCGGAGCAAACCACCUGCCAAGAAGUGGUCAUCGCCCUAGCGCGGGCCAUCGGGCAGACGGGCCGCUAUGUGCUGGUGCAGAAGCUGCGGGAGAAGGAGGGGCGGCAGCUCCUGCCACUGGAGUGCCCCUUGGAGUCGCUGGCCAAGUGUGGGCAGUAUGCCAAUGACGUGCAGUUCAUCCUGCGGCGGACAGGCCCCAGCAUGGCCGAGCGUCCCUCCUCGGAGGGCGCUCCCCAAGCUCCCGAGAGGACGUUCAUCCGGGCCAGCUUGCCCAUCAAGCCCAGGCUCACCAGCAUGGAUGUACCCCGUCUUCGGGAGCCAAAAAAAUCCAUGACCUUCAACUUGGGUCCUACAGGCUCCAGUGACCCAUUCGCUGUGAGCCGAUGGAGGCACCAAACACGGGAAGGAAUAGACUUGGAGGGCGGUGGGGUUGUCCAACCCUCCAAGGAGGAGCUGUUUAGGAGGGUGCUGCAGCAGCAGGAGCAGCUGCAUUCCUUGGAGGCCCAUGGGGACACCCUGGAAAUGGACCUACGGCUGUGGGAGCGCAGCCGGCUCUCCGGCCAGGAGAAUGAGAUCCUCUAUCUGGAGCAACUGGUGCGGAGGAAUGAGACGGAGCUGGGUGAGGAGGAGUUUUGGCAGAGCGAGCUCCGACUGGAAAAGGAGUGUGAGCGGGAGCGGCAGGAGCGGGUUAGGAGCCUGCGGGCCAGCCUGGAAGAGUACACCCAGAGGAUCUAUGAGCUGAGUACCCGGACUGAAGCCCUGCAGGAGGAGAUCCAGUGGGAGAUGGCAGAGAGGGCUAAGAGGGGGAAGGAGAUCUCUGUUCUCAGCCCCAUAGAGCUGGAGGACAUGACCACCAAAAUGAAAAGGGACCUGGAGGCCAAGGUCAAGCAAGGCACCCAGCUGGAGAGCAACCUGGCCAGCGUAGAAAAGGCUCUGGAGGAAGCUGAAAAGAACCUGCAG